UCCAGUUCCAACUUGUGUUAUCUAUUAUGGUCACUGUCACGAUUUUGUUGAUGAGGAAUGUUUAGGAAAAUAUGUCUAGGGAUGUUUCUGAACAGUAAUAAGUAAUACGUAUUGCGGCAAUCUAGCAGGACUUGGAAGCCGCUUCUCCUUCCGCCCGGGCCUGGUUCCUUCCAAGGGUCUGUUGCCGUCAUGUCGGCUGCGAUAGCAGCUCUGGCUGCUUCCUAUGGCUCAGGUUCCGGGUCCGAAUCGGAAUCUGACAGUGAAGGCGACCGGUGUCCGCUGCCAGCCGCCGACUCCCUCAUGCAUUUGACUAAAUCGCCCUCGGCCAAGCCUUCUCUGGCGGUGGACUCGGCUCCGGAGGUGGCAGUUAAGGAAGAUUUGGAGACUGGAGUUCACCUUGACCCAGCUGUGAAAGAGGUUCAGUAUAACCCUACCUAUGAAACCAUGUUUGCUCCUGAGUUUGGACCAGAAAAUCCCUUUAGGACACAGCAAAUGGCUGCUCCCAGGAAUAUGCUCUCUGGAUAUGCUGAACCAGCUCAUAUCAAUGACUUUAUGUUUGAGCAGCAAAGAAGGACUUUUGCCACAUAUGGGUAUGCACUGGACCCUUCUCUAGAUAAUCAUCAGGUGUCAGCUAAAUAUAUUGGUUCUGUAGAAGAAGCUGAAAAAAAUCAAGGUUUAACAGUAUUUGAAACUGGUCAGAAGAAAAUAGAAAAGAGAAAAAAGUUCAAAGGAAACGACGCAUCUAAUAUCGAUGGCUUCUUGGGGCCAUGGGCGAAAUAUGUGGACGAGAAAGAUGUGGCCAAGCCUUCGGAAGAAGAACAAAAAGAGUUGGAUGAAAUCACAGCAAAGAGGCAGAAGAGAGGCAAACAAGAAGAAGAAAAACCUGGGGAAGAAAAGACAAUUUUACAUGUUAAAGAGAUGUAUGACUACCAGGGAAGGUCCUAUCUUCACAUACCUCAGGAUGUCGGUGUUAAUCUGCGGUCCACCAUUCCACCCGAGAAGUGCUAUCUCCCCAAAAAGCAAAUUCACGUGUGGUCCGGGCAUACAAAGGGCGUCAGUGCAGUCCGACUGUUUCCCCUCUCUGGCCACUUACUACUGUCUUGUUCCAUGGACUGUAAAAUUAAGCUAUGGGAGGUCUAUGGAGACAGGCGCUGUCUGCGAACAUUUAUCGGUCACAGUAAAGCUGUUAGGGACAUCUGCUUUAACACUGCAGGGACACAGUUCCUGAGUGCCGCGUAUGACAGAUAUCUUAAGCUCUGGGACACUGAAACAGGACAGUGUAUUUCAAGAUUUACAAACCGGAAGGUACCCUAUUGUGUUAAAUUUAAUCCUGAUGAAGAUAAGCAAAAUCUCUUUGUUGCUGGAAUGUCUGAUAAAAAGAUUGUGCAAUGGGAUAUUCGAAGUGGAGAAAUUGUGCAGGAAUAUGAUCGACAUUUGGGAGCUGUCAACACCAUUGUCUUUGUUGAUGAGAACAGAAGAUUUGUGAGCACAUCUGAUGAUAAGAGUUUAAGAGUUUGGGAAUGGGAUAUCCCUGUGGAUUUUAAGUAUAUAGCAGAACCCAGUAUGCAUUCAAUGCCUGCAGUGACUUUGUCUCCAAAUGGGAAGUGGCUAGCGUGCCAGUCAAUGGACAACCAAAUUUUAAUUUUCGGAGCACAGAACCGGUUUAGACUAAAUAAGAAGAAGAUUUUCAAGGGCCAUAUGGUAGCAGGCUAUGCUUGCCAGGUGGACUUUUCACCAGACAUGAGCUAUGUGAUUUCAGGAGACGGAAAUGGGAAAUUAAACAUCUGGGACUGGAAGACCACAAAGCUGUACAGCCGGUUCAAAGCGCACGAUAAGGUCUGCAUAGGUGCAGUGUGGCACCCUCACGAAACAUCUAAAGUCAUCACAUGUGGCUGGGACGGUCUCAUUAAACUGUGGGACUAAAGAACUUAGUCCUUACGUGCUCUAGGGUCAUUUUUGAUCCAACAUCCUAUUUAACUAUAUUAAUUAUUAAAAGUGUUGGAUGACAACUUGAUCUACAGAUUAUGAUUUCCUUACCCUGCCGUAUAAUUCUUUGGCAAAGUCACUUUGUUCUUUACAGAUACAGUCGUUUAUACAGAAGAUGACUAUUGGCUUUCUGUCUGACAAGUACAUAUUGCUGACAGGUAGUUUGGGCUGGGACUGGAAGGACUCCUGUUAAGUCCAUUAAGAAUUCCUAGUCGAUUUGUCAUUCUAAAGAUGAUAAUAUAAUUAAUGGCAAAUGACUCGCAAAGGUGCCAUGCACUUGGGUCUUCAACAAAAAGCCAGUAAGGAGCAAAGAUGAUGUGGCUUAACAUUCGUCUGUGAGAAGGAUGCAGAAUCCUCAAUUCCUGUAGCCAUUGUUCUCAGUGGGCCAAGUUGUAGCCUUUUGGACUAAGGAAUUUCACUUUUUAUGAUAGAGAGAUGUUGCAUCUUUUUAGUUGUAAGCCAGCAACCAUUUUUGACUGCAGCAUUCCUUUAUUAAACAAUGUAAAAAAAAAAAAAUCAGAGUUCUUUUCUUUGACUUACUUUCUGAUCAGUACAGACAGAAUUAUAUAUACUUAACCAGAGAAUUCUGUUGCAUUUGAAGACAGACGUAAAGAAUGAGCCUAGACUGGUAGUAUUUGUAUUUACUGUCAGUGAGAGCCUGGCUGCACUGUCAGGGUCCCCCAGGUCAUUGUUUCACAGAUGUUACUACUGAAAACCUCCUCAGAGGAGGUAGAAUGGAAGAGCAUAAUGCACAAAUGUCAACUUGUAUUUUCCUCAAAGUUUUAUAUUUUUCCUUUUAAAUUGUUCUGAUUUUACUUGCCAACAAAAUUUAUAGACUUUGUAUGAUUAGGACAAAAAAAAAAGUUUAAUUUCUUCCAGGUGUGAGUAAAAUUAGCACUCCAGCAAGGUAUGCAUUCAGGGAUAAGUGUUCUUUCAGGGCCUGUGGUUUUAAAAAAGUGUGAGAAACUUUACUUUGUGAACCAAGAUAGCUUCUUAAAUAUCAUAGCUGAUAGCCCUUAGUCUGACCUUAAAAAAAAAAAAAAAAGCCCUGUUUAAUCCAAAUCUACAUUUGUACGUAUAUUUUAAUGUGUUUUGAAUUAUUUCGGUGCCAUGCUAAAACAAAUUGAUUCUUAGCCACUCAGACUUGCUCACUUGGAGGCCAAAAUCCUGUUGGCUGUUGACAUUUUAAGGGCACUAGCUCUGAGUUCUGCUGCUGUCAACUGCAGUCCGUUCAUGCUCCUUCACCUUGGAUAACCUCCUUUUUUAUUUAAUUGAAAUUCUCUCCCUUCCCCCCUCCUCCCUCCUCUCCC